CGUCUACCAUACGAUACGACUUGUUUCCGAAAAAAGAGGCCGUCGAUGACUUUGCGUUUACAAAGGAGAAAAGUGUAAUCAACCGUUGUUCUGCGAUUUUAUAGUGUUUUUAGCAUAAGCGUAUAAAUAUACCCAGCAUGGCCGGUGCAAUGUUAUUCGAGAGGUCACGCGUCUCGUCGACAAAGAGGGAGGAAGACGUCCGCAUGAUCGACAAGAUGGUUAGCACUGGUGAAGUGCCCGAGGAUGAUGAAGAAAACAUACGUGCUAAGGAGCAGGGUAUCUUAAACCUCGGCGAAAAGUACAAGAAAGAAGGUAAAGCCCAAGAACUGGCCGAGCUCAUAAAAGCUACGAGGCCAUUUCUAAGUUUGAUCAGCAAAGCGAAAGCUGCCAAGUUGGUGCGUUCGCUGGUCGAUUUCUUCCUCGACUUGGAGGCCGGGACCGGGAUAGAGGUGCAGCUAUGCAAGGAGUGCAUCGAGUGGGCCAAGGAGGAGCGGCGCACGUUCCUGCGGCAGUCGCUGGAGGCCCGGCUCGUGGCGCUGUACUACGACACCGGCAUGCACUCGGAGGCGCUCGAGCUGGCCACGGCGCUGCUGCGCGAGCUCAAGAAGCUCGACGACAAGAACCUGCUGGUCGAGGUGCUGUUGCUAGAGAGCAAAACAUACCAUGCCCUUAGCAACCUACCUAAAGCCCGUGCCUCACUUACAUCAGCCCGAACCACAGCCAACGCCAUCUACUGUCCCCCCAAAAUGCAAGCAGCCCUCGACCUGCAAUCAGGCAUCCUACACGCGGCCGACGAACGCGAUUUUAAAACCGCUUACUCAUACUUCUAUGAAGCUUUUGAAGGAUAUGAUGGUGCUGAUAGCCCAAAAGCUCUAACAGGCUUGAAGUACAUGUUGUUGUCAAAGAUUAUGUUGAAUCAGGCAGAAGAAGUGGCAGUAGUAUGUGGGAGCAAAACUGCUUUGAAAUAUGCAGGUAAGGAACUGGAAGCGAUGCGGGCUGUCGCUACUGCUUCUCACAAGAGGUCACUAGCUGACUUCCAAGCUGCUUUAAAAUCAUACAAGCCUGAGUUAGAAGAGGAUGCGGUGGUGCGGGCUCACCUCGGAGCCCUGUAUGACACCAUGUUGGAGCAGAACCUGUGCCGCAUCGUGGAGCCCUACAUGCGAGUGCAGGUGGAACACGUGGCACGCUCCAUCCGCCUCCCCGUCAUCCAGGUGGAGAAGAAACUGUCACAAAUGAUUUUGGACAAGAAGCUAAAUGGCAUCUUAGACCAAGGAGAGGGUGUACUUAUAGUUUUUGAUGAAUCCCCCUUGGAGAAAACCUAUGAGACUGUCCUGGAAACCAUCCAUCAUAUGAGCAAAGUAGUUGAUACUCUUUAUCAGAAAGCUAAGAAGUUGUCGUAGGCCUGUGUGUAAAUUUGUAGCAUUAAAAUUAUAUAAAAUAAUAUCAAAGUAACCAUUAAAUUUCAGUUCAAAUUGAAGGAAAACUAUUUUUGAUGAGCUUAAUUUGAUUUGUUUUACCUUACUGUUGUAAUAUUCAAAACUUAAUAGUAAUAAUGGUUAAUAUAUUCUCUCCUGCUCUUAAAUACUAAUCCUGAUAAUUUGAGUUUACAUUACUUUCCAUUUCAUACUUAAUAAGCUAGGGAAAAUUAUAUUCUGUUUUAUUGAGAUAAAUAAAUGAGGUGUUCUCCCAA